AUGACAGAGUAUGCGGACUAUGGAGACGAUAGCUCAGCCGAAGUCUCCGAUAUGCACUAUGCAAAAGGGGUGAUGACGAUCGUUUACAUCACUGUGUUCGUUAUCGGCACUCCGGGGAAUUUAUGGAUUAUCUACAAGCUCAUCCAGGCUAGAUUACUGGCUCCGAGCGCUACGAUAGGACUGACUAUCUCACAACGAUCUCGGAUUUAUAUUUUUGCACUGGCAUGUUCGGAUCUGGUGCUGCUGCUCACAUUACCGCUCACUGCCAGCUAUAAUUAUAAAGGCACUUGGAUUUUUGGAGAAUUUAUGUGCUAUGCUCAUCUUACGAUCGAAAUUGUUGCAAAGCUAUUUUCGGUUGUACUUCUUACGGUUGUGAGCUUGGAACGAUACUUCAUCGUCUGUACAAGAUUACGGACAGCUUGCGGUUCAUGGCUUACAACUGUACCACUAGCCAUAGGAACUCUAUUCUGCGUCAUUGUUCCAUCAACAUUUCACUUUUUCCACAUCAUCCAUCACCGGUUUACGAUUCCUGGAAUGGACCACAUUACCGUUUGCAUACCAAAUAUGGACGAUAACGUUUUCAAUAUGUACGCACAAUAUACGUUCUUUGUUGGAUUCGUCAUACCGUUCGUCUUGAUGACCGUCUGUUAUUUGUUACUUGUGCGACAUGUGAGAGCGAAGUUCAAGAAUAGAAAAGUAACCGUCAACUCGGCGAAAACGAUCAAAGAGCCACGUUACAUGCACGAAAUGCGCAAGUCAAUUUGGCGAAUAGCCGUCUUCCAUUUCAUCUGUUGGGCUCCAUUUUGGGCAUUCGCCAUCGUUCCCCAUUAUAUUGCUCAACUAUGGGGACAUGAGUUCUUGGAGCGACUUCCGGGAUGGUACAUCUAUUGCCGAUUGUUCGCCAACUGUUUGCCAUAUAUUAACGCAGCCGGCAACUGGGUACUGUACGCGCUGCUGAACUAUGAUGUGCGCAAGCACAUCUACAGUAAACCAUAUUCGCGAUUUCUCUUCUCUUCGAUGUCAACUGUGUAG